UCUAUAAAUACAUCAUUAUUUAUCUACUCUCUCAAACAUCAUAUAGAAUUGUCUUGAUUCCAAAGAUAAGCCAAGAAUCCAUUAUUCUCUCUUCUCUCAUUUUCACACACUCACAUAGUGAUUACCAUCUAUAUGCCACAAAGGCCUUUGGUGGUCUUAUUAGCGCAUAUCACAGUGUAGUAAAAACUCCUUCACUCCCCGUUUUAGGGCGUCUUACUAUUUUUUCAGAAAAAUUCCUAAAGUUACGUCUUUCAGUACUGAAACUCCAGUCGAAUAGUUGAAACAAGCUACUCUCCUUACAAAAAAAACUUCUGAAGUUACGUCUUUCAGUACUGAAACUCCAGUCAAGUAGUUGAGUUAAGCUACGUACUCUCUUUACAGAAAAACUCCUGAAGUUACGUCUUUUAGUACUGAGACUCCUCGUUUUAGUCUAUUUGAGAAUGAAGAUUGAAGGGGAGAAGAUUAAGAAAUAUGCCUUGUUAUUAGCUGCAAAGGAUUCAGAUUAUGUGAAGAAAGUAUAUGGAGGAUAUUUUAAUGUAUUUUUGGAAGCUUUAGGUGAAGAAGGAGAGAAAUGGGAUUUAUUUAGAGUAGUUGAAGGUGAAUUUCCAGAUAUGGCUGAGCUUCAAAAUUAUGAAGGAUUUGUAAUUAGUGGAAGUCCUUUUGAUGCCUAUGGAAAUGAGAAUUGGAUUCUUAAGCUUUGUCUUCUCUUAGAAACUUUGUUUUUUAUGCAUAAGAAAGUUCUUGGCAUUUGCUUUGGCCACCAGGUUCUGUGUAGAGCUUUGGGAGGAAAAGUUGGAAAGGCUUGCAAUGGUUGGGACAUUGGACUAAGGAAAUUAAGCAUUGUGAAGAACAUCUCCACACAUAGCUUCUUUAGUGAUUUGGAGGAAAUUCCACUUGCUCUUUCAAUCAUUGAGUGUCACCAAGAUGAGGUGUUGGAGGUGCCAAAGGGAGCAGAAAUAGUAGCAAUUUCAGAAAAGACUAAUGUGGAGAUGUUUACAAUGGGAGAUCAUAUAUUAGGAAUUCAAGGCCACCCUGAAUAUACCAAAGAUAUACUCUUUAAUCUCAUUGAUCGUCUCCUUUCCAAUGGUUGCAUUGAGAGUGGAUUUGCAGAAAAUGCAAAAUCUAAGCUUUAUAAAGCUGAGCCAGAUAGGAAAUGUUUGGAAAAGAUUUGCAAAAAGUUCCUCAAAAGAGAGUUGGAAUUUAUCAAUAUUCCUGGCAAAAUAUGAUCUUCAGAACUAGACUUUUCUUGUUUUUGUGUUUAUGUAUCAAUUAUUCUCAUAUUAUGAUCGAAAUAACCAGAUGUAAUAGUACUAUAAAUUAAAUGAACCUAUUAAAAGGUUAUUAAUAUUUUUGUGUACCCAUGUUUAUCCAAAU